GUUAAGGAAAGGACAGGUUUGCGAAGUGCUGCAGCCUGGUACAGUCCUGCUAGCGCUCAUGCGUGUUACUCAAUUGAUAUCAGGUGAAAUUGGCUACUGGAGCACUUGUAGAUUGUUGAAACGACCGUUUUUCUAGCACUAGUAGCAGCGUCAAAUGUUUUGCAAGACCGGAAGUACCUCAAUUGAAGUGUAGGACCGCUUCACUGCAAGUAGUCCUUCGCUGUGAGUAGCGGAGAAAGAGAAAGAGAAAGUACAAAAUAAGUGAAAAUGCUAAGGAAGGGAAAUAAAGAGAAACACAACGGCUGAUGAUGGUAAUGACGCUUAAUAACACCACCGUCACAGAAGUAAACGAGCAGGCUUGGCAUGAGAGACUGGACUAGUGGUACACUCGAAUAGAAGACCAUGGAGAAAGGCGAAUUUCAUAGUGCAGACAUAUCGUGGUUACAUUCCAAGCUCGGGUUCAAGGUGGAGGAGCUGAAGCCGAAAACAGGUGGAAAAGUAGUCAAAGGCUCGUCCAUCCCGCUCAUUCUGCCAAACAAUCUGAAGUACAACGCGUCCACCGCUGGAGUCGAGAAGGUACCCGGCGCCAAACGAACAAGCCUGUACGUCGUUCCCGAGGCCUCAGAGCUACUGGAAGGGAUCAAGGAGCCCGUGAGCGUCCUCUCUAUCUGUGGGCCCUGUCGGUCUGGUAAAAGCUACAUCCUCUCCAGGUUGCUGGGUACAGCCGAUGCCUUUGAGCUGGGACAUCUCUGGGACUCCCAAACGUAUGGUAUCUGGAUGGGCACCAAGGUACUUCGGGGGAAAAACUUCACCAUCGUGCUGCUGGACACAGAAGGCAUAGACGCGGCUGGUGCCAGUGCUGACCAGGACGCCUCUAUCCUGGUGCUGACGACCCUGCUGUCCUCCCAACUCAUCUACAACUCACUCAGUGUGCCGUACAAGAGAGAUCUGGAAAACAUGCAGUGCUUCAUCAAGUUGGCUAGAGGGAUUUCGGUUAGAAAAGGAGGGGUGACGCGGAUUUCAGCGUUUCAUGAGUUCUUUCCAGACUUCCUGUGGCUGUUACGUGACGUAUCUCUAAAGAUGGAGAAUGAGAACGGCGAAGAAAUGGAUCCUACCGAGUACUUGAAGAUUCGGCUUACCCUCAUGGAGCUCCACAAUGAGUUGUUGAAUAAAGUCACAAGUAUGCUUCUGGAGAGGGUCGGCCAAUUUGGUAUCAGCGCAGAGAAGAGGAGCAGUGAGAACGAGGAUUUGAUUGACGAACUGCAAAAACGCUUGGUUGUAAGAGAGGAGCAGACAGUAGACUAUGUGGCAGUAGACGGCACUAGAAGGAAAGAGAAAGGGUUCGUCGUUACCGGCGGGGAGCUUUUGAAGUACAUCCAGCAAAACAAAGAACUGUCCAAGACAUUCUGCCAGAAGCUCUUUGAACGCUUAUUCAACCAAAUAAGAGAACGGGUGGAGUCGCCUCCGGAAGACUAUGACUUCGAGCAGUUGUUGGGAGAAUUGGAGAAUACACGCCAGGAAUACAACGAGCAGGCACGUGGUCCAGAAAAAUGGACUGUUCUCCAAGAGAUGACUCCAAGCAUAGAGAAGCUUAAGGUCAACUUUGAAAAGAUCGUGGGCUAUCAGAGAAAGAUAUUGCAGGCACAACAGAAGGCACAUGAGGCAAGGCUUAAGGCUAAGGAACUGACGAGAGAGAAGGAUGAGCUUCUCAAGCAAGCACUGGACAUGAAGGAAACCCAAGAAGAAAAUCUGAAGAACAUGUAUCGGCUUCAUGAACAACAGAUCAAGGAGAUAAAACGAGAGAUGGAGAAACAGGCACAGAUGGAAAGGGUAAGUAAAAGUUGCAAUGCCACAUAG